CCCGAGGCGCUGCUGUUCGACUGCGACGGCGUGCUGUGCGAGACCGAGCGCGAUGGGCACCGGGUGACGUUUAAUAAAACGUUCAAAGAGUUCGGGCUCGAUCACGAGUGGGACGUGGCGCUGUACGGGGAGCUGCUGAAGAUUGGGGGCGGGAAGGAGCGCAUGACGCACUACUUUGACGGCGUCCCGGACGCGGAGCCGUGGAAGAGCGUCACCGACCCAGAGGCGCGGAAGGAGUUGGUGAAAAAGCUACACCUGAGAAAAACGGAAAUGUUCUUGGAGCUCGUGAACGAGGGCGCGCUGCCGUUGCGACCGGGUGUGAAGAGAAUGGUCGCGGAGGCGUUGGAACACGGCGCCAAGGUGGCGGUGUGCUCGACGUCGAACGAAAAGGCGGUGCAAGGGAUCGUGAACACGAUGCUGCCUGAAUAUGCCGAUCGUAUGCCCGUGUUCGCGGGGGACGUCGUGCCGAAGAAGAAGCCGAGCCCAGAUAUUUACAACUUGGCGGCGAAGACGCUCGGCGUCGAUCCGGCGCGAUGCGUCGUCGUGGAAGACACCCACAUUGGAUGCACCGCGGCCAAGGCGGCGGGUAUGCGGUGCUGCGUGACGAAGAGCAUUUACAGCGAAGACGAGGAUUUCUCUCGCGCCGACGCUGUGUUCGAUUGCUUGGGCGACGAAGGCGACGAGCGC